ACAUUACUCUCUAGAGCGACUAUAUAAAGUUUUUACUAGAAAGACAGUAAUUACUAUAAUAUCGCUAAAAUACGACGACACAAAUUACAUCAACCACAAUGGUGGCAAGCAGCAGUAGUGCAGCUAUUUUUUUCUAGAUGUCGCUAAGGUACAACUUAAAAAUGACUUAAAAUUGUCGCGCAUUUAAGUAGUUCUGUAAAAAAUAUUAUAGGGAACUGCUUCAUCCCAUUAAGGAUCUCGCUCAUUAUACCAACACAACACAACACAGCACGUCACGUCAAAUGUCGGUGAAGAUAAAAUGCAUUAGGUUAAAUAAGGAUCCGCUCACUUGUCCAACACGACACGACACAGCGUCGGCCGAUGUUGGUCGGAUCUUCAUCGCACAACCCUGACCGACAAAUGUCGAUGCGUGUUGUGUUGUGUUGGCGAAGUGUGCGGAGGUAAACCGUCAAGAAUGUCUUUAGCAUGCGCAAAAGUAAUCAGCUGUUUAAGUUUAGUCAUUGAAAAAAAAUAUUAUUUAGUGGACUUCAGCUUCUUAGCGAAAUGGACGAAGAACUAUUAAUCAAUCUCGUUGAAAAAUACAGUGAAUUAUACGAUGUAAACGAUUCAAAAUAUCAUGAUCAAGCAAGGAAGGAGAACAUUUGGGAGGAGAUUGCUGCAGAAAUGCAAAAACCAGCACGUGAAUGUAAAAAGCGGUGGAGCACGCUCAGGGAUUGCUACCGGCGAGCACUGAAGGCUCAGCAAUCCAAAAGUGGUGAUGGGGCAAAGGCACACAGAGAGUGGCGGUUUCAGCAGCAAAUGAGUUUCCUGCGAGGAUUUCUUCCUGAACGACAGCAGCUGUCAAAUGUAGAAAUAGAAACAGCAGGAGCCAACGAUACUGAACGUGAGGAACAGGAACGUGUAAACUCACCAACUGAUUACGUUCAGCAAUCGGAGAGUGAUGAAUCAAGUACAUCAUCGCGCCCUCAAAGCACUCAUUCUGCUGUAUCCAUAGUAGGCAAGCGUAAAUCCAAUAAAAACCAGCCGCUUACAACAGCACAUGUUUUACAAAGUUAUUUAGCAGAAAAGCGAACUAAAAACACUCCAUUAGCGACCGCACACUCUCCACAACCUCUCAAAAAAUUUUUUGCGUCCAUUGAAGACACCGUUAGCACUUUUCCAUUAGAAACACAACUAGAUAUCAAAUCAAAAAUAUUCAAUAUCGUUCAUCAAGCGGAACUAUCACUUUUAAGACAUUCAACGGGUAAUAUAAAUCAAUCACAUUUUCACCAAGAACAUCAUCAACAAUAUUAUCCAUCUCAAGUACAGCACAUUCAACCACAUUUCAUCCCAAUGACGGCACCUCAGCAACAACCAUUUCAAGACAUACAGUACGCAACUCAAAGACGUGUACAAAACCUUCAACAAUUACCACGUAUCUCGCAAGCACCAUCACAACCUCAAUCACAAUUUCAUCCAUAUACAUCCCAAACACAACAUUUGACCAGCGAUUUGCAUUAUGAAGAAGAUGCAUCCCAGUUGACGCAAUCACUUACUACAACAGAAAAUGAUGUACCUACUACACUCGACAAUAAUAAAUUAGAUUUGUAAUGCAUUCUUUCAAAAAAAUAAAAGUUAUGUAAGUUACAAAGUAGUAAAUUACUUACCUUAAGGUCAC